AGCAUAUAUUAAAAAAGAUGACUACCUCCUGGAGUGAUCGGUUACAGAACACAGCAGAGAUGCCAGCUAACAUGGACAGGCAUGCACUGAAAAAGUAUCGGAGAGAAGCCUAUCACCGGGUGUUUGUGAACCGGAGUUUAGCCAUGGAAAAGAUAAAGUGUUUUGGUUUUGAUAUGGAUUACACUCUUGCUGUGUAUAAAUCCCCGGAGUAUGAAUCUCUUGGUUUUGACCUGACUGUUGAAAGAUUAGUUUCCAUUGGAUACCCUCAGGAGCUGCUCAGUUUUGUCUAUGAUUCUACAUUCCCUACCAGAGGACUGGUCUUUGACACACUAUAUGGGAACUUGCUGAAAGUUGAUGCCUAUGGAAACCUCCUGGUAUGUGCACAUGGAUUUAACUUCAUAAGGGGACCUGAAACUCGGGAACAAUAUCCAAAUAAAUUUAUCCAGCGAGAUGACACAGAGAGAUUUUACAUUCUGAACACACUAUUCAACCUCCCAGAGACCUACCUGUUGGCCUGCUUAGUAGAUUUUUUUACAAAUUGUGCCAGAUAUUCCAGCUGCGAGACUGGAUUUAAAGAUGGAGAUCUCUUCAUGUCCUUCCGGAGUAUGUUUCAGGAUGUGAGAGAUGCCGUUGAUUGGGUUCAUUACAAGGGUUCCCUCAAGGAAAAGACGGUUGAAAAUCUAGAGAAAUAUGUGGUCAAAGAUGGGAAGCUGCCUUUGCUUCUGAGCCGAAUGAAGGAAGUAGGAAAAGUGUUUCUUGCUACAAACAGUGACUAUAAAUACACUGAUAAAAUUAUGACUUACUUGUUUGAUUUCCCGCAUGGCCCUAAGCCAGGGAGCUCACAUCGGCCGUGGCAGUCCUACUUUGAUUUAAUCCUUGUAGAUGCACGGAAACCACUGUUCUUUGGAGAAGGCACAGUCCUGAGGCAGGUGGACACUAAAACUGGCAAGCUAAAGAUUGGUACCUACACAGGCCCCCUCCAGCAUGGAAUUGUCUAUUCAGGAGGUUCAUCUGAUACAAUCUGUGACCUAUUGGGGGCCAAGGGCAAGGAUAUUCUGUAUAUUGGAGACCACAUUUUUGGGGAUAUCUUGAAAUCAAAGAAACGACAAGGGUGGCGGACUUUCCUUGUGAUUCCAGAAUUGGCACAGGAGCUGCACGUCUGGACUGACAAAAGUUCACUUUUUGAGGAGUUGCAGAGCUUGGAUAUAUUUUUGGCAGAACUCUAUAAGCACCUGGACAGCAGCAGUAAUGAGCGCCCAGAUAUCAGCUCCAUUCAAAGAAGAAUUAAGAAAGUAACUCAUGACAUGGACAUGUGCUAUGGGAUGAUGGGAAGUCUUUUCCGCAGUGGCUCAAGGCAGACGCUCUUUGCCAGUCAAGUGAUGCGUUACGCAGACCUCUAUGCUGCCUCUUUUAUCAACCUCCUGUAUUAUCCGUUCAGUUACCUCUUCAGAGCUGCUCAUGUCCUGAUGCCUCAUGAAUCAACAGUGGAGCACAUCCAUGUGGACAUCAACGAGAUGGAGUCCCCCCUCGCUACACGGAACCGUACAUCUGUGGAUUUUAAAGACACCGACUACAAACGGCACCAGUUGACACGCUCCAUCAGCGAGAUCAAACCUCCCAACCUCUUCCCACUGGCCCCCCAGGAGAUUACACACUGCCAUGACGAAGAUGAUGAUGAAGAGGAGGAGGAGGAAGAGGAAGAAGAGGAAUAAGAAAAAAGGAAUCGAGAAAACACCGAACUAUCCAGUGAACAAGCUCUGUCAGGGCUCAGCAGGAGGGGGGAUGGUUCCCUGUUUGGGUUCUUGGUGGGGUUUGGGGUGGAGGGGACUCCACCAAAGGUACAUCUGGAAAGUUUCUGAAGACUUAAAAAUAUUCUAAUCAUAGUGAGCCUUGUUUUAGUUUUCUGUAUCUGCACUCCUUGCAGACGGUUCAAAAUUCCAGUGGAGUCUGUUUGAAAGAAUUGAGAGUGAAUUCAGAACCAACUGCAUGCUGGUGGCUCCCUCCUGUUGCUGGUUAUGACACCGCCCCCUUGUCCUGUCCAUUAACAAUGUGCUACAUUGGUUUCUAUCUAAAUAACUGAACAAUAGUGGAGGCUUGUGGGGGAGGUAGAGCCAGAGCAAGGGGGCAGACAGUGUGAAGACACUGUAUGCGAACACAUCAUGCUGUUACUCCAGACCCAUCUCUUUCAGUGCAUUACACAGUAUUGUAUAUCAUCAGUGGGGAAAUGUAUUUUUUUCCAAUACCAAAUUUAGUCCUUUGCGAAGCACAAGUUUCCCUUUCUAAGCUUUUCAAUGUGCUGAAUGGCUCUGAGUCAGUAGCUUAGAAAUGCAUCUUGUCUGUGUUUUAGGUUUGGUUUGGUAGCACUUCCUAAUUGUCACCACCUGACACAGGCUGCAUGUGUCCCAUUCUGCUUCCUAUGGCGCAGGCUGCUGGCACUCUCACAUUCUCACCCUGACAGCACAGAAGCUGACUCUUUUUCCAAAGAUGUUCUCCAGAGUCAAUCUGAAACACUCCCAGCCCAGCCCAAAGACAAAGCAGCAACCCCUAGAAAUGGGCAGGGAGGAUUCCUUUUCUAUCCCAACAUGUGAAAUCAGUGGUUAGCAGUAGAUGUAGCCAGGGCACAGUCAGUGUAGACACACCCCAGUACUCCAGAAUGAAACCUGUUAUUGAUUUGUAGAACGAGUUGAAAUCACCACUCACUGCACCCUCAGGGUCCACUCCCACAGCAGCUCACUGGCCUCACAGAUACAGGGGGCCUUGUCAACCACAAGAGUCUACUUUUUGUUUCAAUAUUUUCCUUUUAUUUUUCUUCCAAUCUUCUGUCAGUGGUCAGCAGGGGAGGGCAAUGGGGUUAGCAUCUCUAGAAUUCAAUAAAGUGUAAUGUUUCUAAUAAUA